GAUACCAUACUUUGUGGUCACAUGAAAUAGUCAACAGUUUACGUUCGUGUGCACAUCAUCUGCACAUUACCGCAGCAUAUGAAGCAGAAUAAAUUCAAAUUUGCGCUCAAAUUACUAAAGUGUAUCUAGGAAGAGUCAUGGACGAGGACGGACUUCCGAUUGUGGGCUCCGGAGUCGAUCUCACGAAGGUCCCUGCUAUUCAGCAGAGAAGAAUUGUUGCUUUCCUCAACCAGUUCAUCGUCCAGACGGUUCGCUUCCUCAACAACUUUUCCAUCGUGUGCGAAGAGAAACUCGCCAACAUAUCCCUGCGCAUCCAGCAGAUCGAGACCACGCUGUGUAUCCUGGAAGCCAAGCUGUCCUCCAUCCCCGGACUGGAGGACGUCACGCUCGAACCUCCGCAAAGCGUUCGGGCCAACGGAACCGACGUCCCCCCGGACGUGAUCCUCCCCCCUUUGGAGCCUCCUCACGGCGCUCCGGAAGACGCGACGACGCCCAAAGCGGAGGAGGUCAACGUCGUGACGGUGGCCAAGGAUCCGCGCUACGCCAAAUAUCUGAAGAUGGUUCAUGUGGGCGUUCCCAUCAUGGCCAUCCGCAAUAAAAUGAGCAUGGAAGGUUUGGAUCCGGACUUGCUCGACAAGCCGGACACCCCCGUGCCAGACGCGGGUGGAAACACCGGCGAGGACGGCGUCGUGGACGCUUCGGACAGCGAGUCGUCCUUCAGCGACUGACGUCUCGUCGGAUGCGACGCGGCCCGCGCUGGAGGUCCGUUGAUGUGGUGUGCCUGGGAGCCUCAAAUGUGGAGAAUUAGCCAAGUGCACUUCCUCAGGAUGAAGCAUUUAGUGGGUGUUCCACACUUAAAAUGUUCAGUGAGGACGUUGUAGUUCUCGCUUACUAACGUUGAACUCGGUAUUUUAUGCUAAAUAGGAUUCCAUGUUGAAAAACUCGUUUUAUGUCAUCACAUUCUAGCAUAAAUUAUCCAUUAGUGGGAAUGUGGUCAAAAUGGAUAGAUGGAAAAUGGUGUUAACGAUGGGAUGUUUUCAAAUCAACAGUUGUGGUACGUUAAGACUUCUCUUUUAACUGUUGACAUGAGCAACCUUUUAUUUUUUUUUUUUUUUGGGAAUAAUUAUGAGUGAACGAAUAAAGGAUAAUGAUGCGAUU